AUGGCUAGCGCUGCCGAAGCUGCUACUCCCUCCUCUGAGGCUCCGCCACCACCACCAGCAUCCGUAGACCCAAAGCUCGGUCGUAUCGUCGACGACAUUUCCGGGCUCACCCUCCUACAAGCGUCUGACCUCGUUACUUUACUGAAGUCGAGACUCAACAUUCAGGAGAUUGCGAUGCCCGCUGCAUCAGCUGGUCCGGCUCCUGCAGCCCCAGCUGUAGAAGCUGCCGAAGAGGAAAGACCUAAAGAAAAGACCGUUUUCAACGUUAAACUGGAGUCUUUCGAAGCUACUGCCAAACCCAAGGUCAUUCGCGAAGUGAAGGCUAUGGUCCCCAACCUUACCCUCAUCGAGGCCAAGAAGUUCGUUGAGGGAGUACCCCAGAUACUCAAGGAGAACUUGCCCAAGGAAGAUGCAGAAAAGAUGAAGGCUGUCUUCGAGGCCUUGGGCGCAAAGAUUGUCCUUGAGUAA